AUGUUUGGUAUUGGCCAACCUCAAGCCUCUUCUCAACAGAAAAUUGCUGCUGCAGAAGCAGAAUUGGAUCUAGUCACUGACAUGUUCAACAAGUUGGUUGAUAACUGUCAUAAAAAAUGUAUUCAAGUCCAAUACAACGAAGGUGAGUUGAAUAAAAAUGAGUCUAAUUGUUUAGAUAGAUGUGUUGCUAAGUACUUUGAAACUAAUGUUCAAGUGGGAGAAAACAUGCAAAAGCUAGGCCAAACUUUUGCCCCAGGUAAGUUUUAA